AUGACUUACAUUCCACAGCCUAUCGCCACCGACAUCGUCCGCCGUGUUGGCCACUCUGGCUUUGGUUUUCUCAGACCUUUCAUUGCUGCUGUGCCAUUUUGGCAUGCCACAACUCUCUCACCCGAAGUGUUUUUUGAUGUUGAUAUUGAUGAGUUUGUUUUCAAUAGUCGCCUGGGAAACCCUCACGCAAGCUUCACUAGACAUGCUUGA